GACUGGAGGAUGAGGUGGCCAAGAAGAAGCGAGAGUCGUCGCCAAAGGAUAGACCUGAGGCUGAGGUGGCCAAGAAGAAGCGAGAGUCGCCAAAGGAUGGACCUGAGGCUGAGGUGGCCAAGAAGAAGCGAGAGUCGCCAAAGGAUGGACCUGAGGCUGAGUCCAAGAAGAAGCGAGAGUCAACCAAGACAGACGAACAAAAGAGUGCCAAGCGUCGAGGACCUGGAGAAGAUGCAGCAAUCCCCAGGAACCCUCGGGCUUCAUCAUCCAAAGAACACAAAAAGAAUGCUGAGAAGUCUGAGAAAGCUGCUGCCCCCAAGGCUUCGACUCGCAAGCCCAGUGGUGGUGAAGACAAGAGCAAAAGGUCAAAUGGAGACCUGUCAGAGCUUCAGAAGAGGUCACGCCAGGCUGCAAAGGAGGGCAAGGCAGCCAUGGAAGCAAUGACCCAACAGACGCCUCAGCCUAACCCUCCUGCACAGGCUCCAGUGCGCUGGUCUUGGUGGGACAGCAAAUGGUGGUUUGAUGCUGGCAUGGGAUGGCAAGAGCAUGUGCAAGACUCCCAUGACAAACGAGCUGCGGAAGCUGCGCUUCGACGGAAGCCAACACAGGUUCAACCUCAAGAUGGCUGCGAUGCAUCUGAGGAGGAGCUGGGCGAGGACCAGACUGAGAGCCGGCAAG